AGAAGAGCAUUGUGUUCAUAAAAACAAAGGUGUUUUACAGCUCAGUUCUGACUCUGGGGACAGAAAGCAGACCCCUCCCAGAAGACCUGAGAGUUCUAAAUGAUGGUGCACAGAUUAAAAACAUAUGCUCAUGGAUAAAAGUUCAUCAUGAACUGUGGGAUCUUUCUCAGCCUGCUGGCAGCUCUCUUCUUGGUCACAGUCUCUAUCGAGGUUCCUGCUAUCAACACAAAUGCUUUGACCAUUGCGGAUACGACAACACCUAAAACAUCCACCUCUCAAACUCCACCCACUGCAUUUACUUCGACUGGAGUAACAUUAUCUAGCUCCAACAGCAGACAUGAAACCGUAGGAUCUUCAAUAAGGGCAACCGUAACUGGAGACAAAGCAGAAACAUCAGAUGUGAUGGAGGAAAUAGUUACAGCUCUACCAGCGGAAAUUCAGGGCUUAAUUAUAGGCCCUGUCAGUGAAAGCACCUCUGUUUCUCAGGUAACACCUGCAACAGUUUUCCGAGAACCUGUCCAAACCAGUCCAUCACCUGACACAACCAAAAGCCAUUCAGCUACAUUGCUGGUAAACACCCACACUUCAUCUGUUGGUUCAGGAACUUCCACAUUGGUGUUUAAUGUGUCAAAUGGGAUGAAUUCCCCAGCAGGAAGUGUGACUGCCUCACAGAUACACACCGACUCCACACAGACUCUUUCACCCACACCACUGACCACAGCUCAGUCCAGCAAAGACACCAGCUCACCUGUAACGACUUCAACUGGGGUGGAUCUAGUGGGAACCAGUGAGACCCCUUCAGCAUCCCUGCAUCAAACUCUCUCAUUUACAACCCUGGAAAAAACACACCUUGUUAACACACUCACAAAGCUAACUGUGAGUGCCAUUGCGGCCACACCUCAGACCACAAUAUCUAAAGCACUCACAACAAAACUCAUGCCAACCGAAAGCCAUACCAUGAUGCUAGCUGAGAUUGCAUUAUCAACAGCAACACCAUCACAAAUUGUACUGGCUGAAACGCAAAGCACAUCCAUAGCAACAAAAUCCGACACCACACCAGCAACCAAAGCUUCAACACUGUCAACAGUGUCAUCAGCAUUUGAGGAUUCAUCCACAACACAAACUGUAUCUACAACUACACCAACACAAUCUAUUCAACCCACAGCAAUAACAUCAUUCCAAAGAACAUCACCUGUAGCUUCAGAAACACAAAGACCAACACAAACUACAUCUAUCACCUCACAAUCAGCACAAGGUACAGCAUCUGAGGUUUUACCAACAGUGUCUACAAAACAACAAACUACACCAACCAUUGCAACAACAUUCACAACACAAAGUAAGAUCACAUCUACACCAACACCUUCUAUUGUACCCACAACAGAAUCAGCAAAAAUAUCAACCCAAAGUACAGCACCCAUGGAUUCACCGACAGUGAGUACAACACUAUCUACUUCAACAGCAUCCACAACACAAUCUGGGUCCACAACAACGGUAAAACAAUCUACUCUGCCAACAACAGAAUCAGCAACAACAUCACCACAAAGUACAGCAUCGGAGGAUUCAUCAACACAAAGACCAUCACAGACUACAUUGAUAACUUCAAAAUCCCCUCAUAGUACAGCAUCUGAGGAUUCACCAACUGUAACAUCAUUUACAACACAAAGUAUGGUCACAUCUACACCAACACAAUCCAUUCUAAUAACACCAGAAUCUGCAUCAACAUCAACCCAAAGUACAACAUCUGAGCAUUCAUCAACAGUGAAUACAAUACAACAAACUACACCAUCUGUUGCAACAGCAUCCACAACACAAUCUGUGUCCACAUCAGCAACGACCUUAACCCAAAGUACAACAUCUGAGCAUUCACCUACAGUGACUACAACACCAUCUAUUGCAAAAUCAUCGACAACACAAAGUGUGACCACAACUACACAAUCUACUCUGCCCAUAAUGGAAUCAGCAACAUCCACAACACAAACUGUGUCUACAAUUACACCAACACAAUCUACCCUGUCUGCAACAGAAUCAGGAACUAACUUAACACGAAGUACAGCAUCUGAGGAUUCGUCAACUGUAACUACAAUACAUCCACCCACAUCGUCUAUUGCUACAGCAUCCACAACACAAAGUAAGAUCACAUCUACACCAACACAUUCUAUUGUACCCACAACAGAAUCAGCAAAAACAUCAACCCAAAGUACAGCACCCAUGGAUUCACCGACAGUGAGUACAACACUAUCUACUGCAACAGCAUCCACAACACAAUCUGUGUCCACAUCAGCAACGACCUUAAACCAAAGUACAGCAUCGGAGGAUUCAUCAACACAAAGACCAUCACAGACUACAUUGAUAACUUCAAAAUCCCCUCAUAGUACAGCAUCUGAGGAUUCACCAACUGUAACAUCAUUUACAACACAAAGUAUGGUCACAUCUACACCAACACAAUCCAUUCUAAUAACAACAGAAUCUGCAUCAACAUCAACCCAAAGUACAACAUCUGAGCAUUCAUCAACAGUGAAUACAAUACAACAAACUACACCAUCUGUUGCAACAGCAUCCACAACACAAUCUGUGUCCACAUCAGCAACGACCUUAACCCAAAGUACAACAUCUGAGCAUUCACCUACAGUGACUACAACACCAUCUAUUGCAAAAUCAUCGACAACACAAAGUGUGACCACAACUACACAAUCUACUCUGCCCAUAAUGGAAUCAGCAACAUCCACAACACAAACUGUGUCUACAAUUACACCAACACAAUCUACCCUGUCUGCAACAGAAUCAGGAAAUAACUUAACACGAAGUACAGCAUCUGAGGAUUCGUCAACUGUAACUACAAUACAUCCACCCACAUCGUCUAUUGCUACAGCAUCCACAACACAAAGUAAGAUCACAUCUACACCAACACAUUCUAUUGUACCCACAACAGAAUCAGCAAAAACAUCAACCCAAAGUACAGCACCCAUGGAAUCACCGACAGUGAGUACAACACUAUCUACUGCAACAGCAUCCACAACACAAUCUGUGUCCACAUCAGCAACGACCUUAAACCAAAGUACAGCAUCGGAGGAUUCAUCAACACAAAGACCAUCACAGACUACAUUGAUAACUUCAAAAUCCCCUCAUAGUACAGCAUCUGAGGAUUCACCAACUGUAACAUCAUUUACAACACAAAGUAUGGUCACAUCUACACCAACACAAUCCAUUCUAAUAACAACAGAAUCUGCAUCAACAUCAACCCAAAGUACAACAUCUGAGCAUUCAUCAACAGUGAAUACAAUACAACAAACUACACCAUCUGUUGCAACAGCAUCCACAACACAAUCUGUGUCCACAUCAGCAACAACCUUAACCCAAAGUACAACAUCUGAGCAUUCACCUACAGUGACUACAACACCAUCUAUUGCAAAAUCAUCGACAACACAAAGUGUGACCACAACUACACAAUCUACUCUGCCCACAAUGGAAUCAGCAACAUCCACAACACAAACUGUGUCUACAAUUACACCAACACAAUCUACCCUGUCUGCAACAGAAUCAGGAACUAACUUAACACGAAGUACAGCAUCUGAGGAUUCGUCAACUGUAACUACAAUACAUCCACCCACAUCGUCUAUUGCUACAGCAUCCACAACACAAAGUAAGAUCACAUCUACACCAACACAUUCUAUUGUACCCACAACAGAAUCAGCAAAAACAUCAACCCAAAGUACAGCACCCAUGGAAUCACAGACAGUGAGUACAACACUAUCUACUGCAACAGCAUCCACAACACAAUCUGUGUCCACAUCAGCAACGACCUAAACCAAAGUACAGCAUCGGAGGAUUCAUCAACACAAAGACCAUCACAGACUACAUUGAUAACUUCA